ACCUUUCUAAGGCUUAUAAUCACGUAGAUUUAUCUUACUUUUGUCUCACUCUAAACAGAAUUAAAGUCCCUAAGUUAGCUACUGAACUCAUCAUAAACCUCUUUACUUCAAGAAAAAACGCUGUAUUUACCACAUAG